UUGUCGUUUUUGCCGAGCUGCAGGCAUGCAGCAGGAGCUUCUUUUCAAAGUCCUGGUUGUCGGGGAUCUUGGUGUCGGGAAAACGUCUAUCAUCAAGCGGUACGUUCAUCAGAUCUUCUCCCAGCACUACAGAGCCACCAUCGGGGUUGACUUCGCGCUGAAAGUUCUGCAGUGGGACAGUGACACCGUGAUCCGGCUGCAGCUGUGGGACAUAGCAGGACAGGAGCGGUACGGGAACAUGACCCGUGUCUACUACAGGGAGGCGGUGGGAGCACUGGUGGUGUUUGAUGUGACGAGGGCCUCCACGUUUGAGGCUGUGCUGAAGUGGAAGGAUGACCUGGACUCUAAGGUGACCCUGAACCAUGGGAGACCAGUUCCUGCUGUUCUGCUUGCCAACAAGUCAGACCAAAUAUCGUGUCAGCUGCCCAAACUGGACUUCUUCUGCAGGGAGAACGGGUUUGUGGGCUGGUUUGAGACUUCUGCAAAGGAAAACAGAAACAUCGACGAGGCAGCGCGCUGUUUGGUGGAGCACAUCAUGAACAACGAGGAGAGCUCGGUGUCAGAGCGAGAGCCGUCCUCCGUCCUCCUGUCGGGAUACGCCAGCACCGCCAGGAGUCCUGAAAACUGUUCUUCAUGUUUAAAAUAAUCACAUUACAUCAGGGACAAAAGAUCUGAAAGAAAAGUUCCUUUUAUAAGUUACAUGUAGAAGUAAUAACAUUAUUUAAAGCUGUGCUCACACUCCAGUAUAGUGGAGUAUAUAAAGUGGAGCACAAAAAGCAAGAGUUUUGUUUUUUAUGGUUUUACUUUUUGUUAUUUAACUAACUAGAAAAAUGUAAACACAUAAAAUGUGAACAUUCUCAGAAAGAUUGACCUAAUAUUUAGUUUGUGAGCCACGAAUCACAGGCAAUGUGAGUUCAUGGUUUGAAUGUUUGUAUCAGUUUCUGCAAUUAACACAAUAAUGUCAGCUUGGUCAUGAA